CUGUGCAACACACUUGUCUGCUACCCUCUCUCUCUCUACUCUUUCAAAAAAGUGAACUUUCCUCUCUCUCCUCUUUAAGGAGGAGAAAACCGGAGAAUAAAUCUCUCCCUCUUCCGAAUCAAACCCUAAACCCAGAAAUUUUCCCGAGAAAAUCCCCCAAAGUUUUGAUAUUUCUUGCUUCCAAGCUUCAUCUUUUAGCUGUACUUUCAGCAGACACCGGCAUUGUUCUGGAGAGAGAGAGAGAGAGAAUCUAGAAGAGUUUAAAUUUCGUAAAACCGUUUGGGAUUUCCUGUUCUACUUGGGAGAAAUCGGGAAACUUGUUGAUCGAAAUGAAAAACCCAGAAAAACCCGUGUUCUUGUUUCUUAUUCUAGCUUCCAGUUUCGCGGCCAUGGCAACGGCGAAAUCCACAAUCGAGCCGUGCUCCAACAACGAUACCUGCAACGCCAUGCUCGGCUACACGCUCUACACCGACCUCAAGGUCUCCGAGAUUGCUUCUCUCUUCCAAGUCGACCCCAUUUCCGUUCUCCUGGCUAACGCCAUUGACAUCUCUUACCCAGACGUCGAGAACCAUAUCCUUCCCGCCAAGCUCUUCAUGAAGAUACCCAUUACUUGUUCCUGCGUCGACGGUAUCCGCAAAUCCGUGUCGACCCGUUACAAGACUCGCCCUUCCGACACCCUCGGAUCGAUUGCCGACUCCGUUUACGGCGGUCUUGUCUCGGCAGAGCAGAUCCAGGAGGCGAACUCGGUGAUUGACCCAACAGUCCUCGAUGUCGGGACGAACCUUGUUAUUCCAUUGCCCUGCACUUGCUUCAAUGGCACUGACAAUUCUCUUCCUGCGGUAUAUCUGUCGUAUAUGGUGAGAGAAGUUGACACCUUGACGGGAAUCGCGAGAAGGUACUCGACCACUAUUACCGAUUUGAUGAACGUUAAUGCCAUGGGAGCUCCUGAUGUUAAAGCCGGGGACAUUCUCGCCGUGCCAUUAACAGCUUGUGCUUCAAAUUUCCCAAAGUACACUUCAGACUACGGGUUGAUCGUUCCGAACGGGAGUUAUGUUCUUACCGCAGGACACUGUGUGCAAUGCAGCUGUGCGCUCGGGAGCCUGGACUUAUACUGUGAGCCCGCUUCUCUGGCUGUCUCUUGCUCCGUCAUGCAAUGCAGAAACAGCAAUCUCAUGCUUGGGAAUAUCACGUCAAUGCAGAGCACCGGCGGUUGUAACGUCACAACCUGCAGUUACAAUGGUUUUGCCAAUGGAACCAUCUUGACUACGUUGUCGGUGUCUCUUCAACCACGAUGCCCAGGAACAAAACAGUUCACUCCACUUAUAGCCCCACCUGAUACUCUUCCUAAAGAUAUGAUGUAUGCACCAGCACCUUCACCCGAGUUUGACGGCUUAGGACCCAUAGCAUCGGCUCCAAGGUCAUCCGUUCUUCCUUCAAGCGGUUUCCUCCCGGGAGUAAACCCAGCCAACGGUCCAGCCGGGAGUGUCUCAGCUGCUUCCAUCUCAGUGAGCCACUCACCAAUUGCCUUUCUGAUCUCCAUUGCAUCAUUCUUGUUUGUUCUUUCUGUUUGAUCCGACAUUAUUGCUUGUUUUCACUGGUGAACAUUAGACAACGCAAGGUUAUCUGCGCCUUCUGUUCUGUGCGUAUUUAUCUUUUUCCAUUGAUGGAACCUUGAUUUGUUUGUCUACUUAUCUGCUUCAUGAAAUUCUUUUGUUACCAAACUUGUGCAUUCGGUUUUAGUUCUGAUCAUUGGUUGCUUCA